AUGACCUUUCAAAAAAGAACGUUUACUAUUCCAGCAGAACAGUCUAAGCCUGUACCUCCUGUUCCUCAAAAAAAAAUAGCACCUCCUACACCUUCAAAAUGUGCACCACCUCUUCCGACAAAAAAUGCACCACCAGUACCUCUGAAGAAGGUUGUACCACCACCUGGUCACCCAACAAUUAGUGAAGAAGAACAUGUUCCACCAAUUCCUGAACAUAAACAUGAAGCACCACCAAUUCCUGAACAUUUAUCAGUUAACGCGUCUCAAAGAAAUAAAGAAAUUACACAAAAUAAAUCAAAAGAAAAAAAAGAAUUAGCUAAAGAUAUUGCCGGAGAUGUUAAAGAUGUAUAUAAUAAAAUGCCAUCUAUGACUGAAGAACAAAAACAACAUGCUAAAGAAGAGGCUUCUAAGGCUGGAAAAACAGCAUAUUCUGGUGCUAAGAAAGCAGUUAAAAGUGAAGAGUUUAAACAAGCUAAAAGUCAAGUUGCCAGUGGUGCUAAAGCAGCUGUUCAUAGUAAACAAUUUAAAGCAUUUACUAGUGGACUUGCUAAAGGAACUAAAUCAGCUGUUAAAGGAGAUGCAUCAGCAAAAGAUGUUUGGAAAGAGUCAACAAAAGAUAUACCAGAUCUUGACGAAGACCAAAAAAAAGAUUUAAAACAACGAGGAAAAGAAGCUAGUAAGACAGCUAAAACAAGUUAUGAAAAGGCGUCUCAAACUGAAGAAUGGAAACAAGCCAAAGAACAAACAAAAACAAUUUCUAAAGAAGUCUAUGAAAGUGAACAAUUCCAAGUAGCUAAAAAAGAAGGAGAAAAGAAAACUGCUCAACGCAUGACUGGAAGAGAAGAUGCUGAAUUUGAUCCUAGUAUCACAAUGCAAACAUCUGUUAAACCAACUAUUGUUACUGAUGAAAAUGGAAAAAAGAAACUUGGAGUUGGAAUUACUGUAAAACCUAAAUUUGCAAUGGAUGGUGAUGAAAUUAACACUAAUGCACCUGCUAUGACUGUUAACAGUACUGUCGAUCCAAAAUUAAAGAAGAAUGAAGAUGGUACUACUGGUAUAGACUGGGGAAUGAAACCACAAAAACCAGUUGUAUCAAACGAAGUACCAAAAGGUGAUGGACCAGAAUUUUCAUUUGAUACUAAAGUGAAGCCUAAAGUCGAAUAUGAUGAGUUUGGACAACCUAAAAUGAAAAUGGACACACAAACGGGUAACUAUGGUGCUUCUUGUAAAGGGCAUUCUAUCAACGAACAACAAAUUAAGGAAAUUACAAAAUAA